AUGAUGACUGCACCGUGUCUCAAGAAAGAACGGAUCGCGAUCCUCUUCCAGGCGCUCGAGCCCCCUGUUAUCGACGGACAGCGCAAGAAACCCAAACCGGGCGGCUAUUCGGAUAGCGGUGCUGAUAUAGGCUUUACUCUCCAAAGAGCCGGACGCGAAGUUUUGACGCCAGUUCCACGGCCCGACCCCACCUGUGCGCUCGAUUGGGUCUUUCCGGAUACAGUUGAGGGUAUUGAGGUGGCAAUUCGUCAAGGAGCAACUAUCAUUUGGGCGAAUACAGUGCUCUUCGUUGGACAUCCAUUGGUGCAAGUAAUGGAUCGGGUCAAAAUUAUCGGACAGCUUCCAGUCAACGCUCAAAGAUUUGACGACAAAUUCAAAACAAAUCGUAUGUUAUCUAAAGAGGGUAUAUUUGCUGCCCGUUCCUUUUCAAUUGGAUAUGGGGCCGAGUCAGAAAUCUCUCUGGAAAACUUGAACCAAGCUGUCCUCGCCGUAUGUGGCCUGGCGUUUCCGAUGAUACUCAAACCGAUACGGGGGCGCGGAAGUCAAGGUGUUGUUCGGGUAGAAUCGUUAAGCGAACUCAAGAUCGAAGCUGAAGCGUUACUCAGUUCCGGCCAUUUCGGAUCAAGCUUGAUUGUAGAAGAGUACCUUAGUGGUGAGGAACUCACGGUGACGGUAAUGCCUCCCAAAUCGCGCUACCGACAAGGAAAUCAGGAACCCUUGGAUGCCGCUGCCUUCUGGGGACUAAGACCUGUCUGUCGUGUUAACCACGUUGGUGGUGUAGCUCCUUACAAUGGCACAGUUGCCGUUUCGCAGAAUAGCCUGGCGGUUUCGGGCGAGAAGCUAGCGCAACCACUGGUCAGGUCAAUGCUGAAAGCGUGUCUCAAAACUGCGGCGUUGGUAGAGGCACGGGCGCCUAUCCGCAUCGACUGCCGUGCCGACCAUCAGGGCAUUUAUCGGCUGUUCGAUCUGAAUAUGAAACCGAACAUGACAGGGCCCGGUCGGCCUGGUCGCGACGAUCAGAACUCACUUUCCGCCAUUGCUGCCCAAGCGGACGGCUUGAGUUACCUUGAUCUGCUAACGGCGAUGCUGGCAGCCGCGUGGACAGACGACCAUCAGAAAUCGACAAUUAAGCAUGCGCCAGACCUGAGACAGCGAGACGAUCUCAGUAUCUCAAUUCCGAACCACCUUUAA